CUAUAGCUCUGCUCUGUUCCACAGUGAGACUCCACAUCAGGGGACGUCAUCAUGGGGCUGCUCACCAAAACCCUGUUCAUGUGCUUAGCACUGACCCUCGCCAACGGACACCACGAGGAUGGACAUAAUGAUGCACAUCACGAUGCAGCAAACGAUCAUGGUCAUGCUCUACCAGACCGCUGUGAUGGUGUUGAGUUUGAUGCCAUCACUCCUGACGAGAAAGGAAACAUUUUCUACUUCCAAGGAAACCACUUGUGGAUGGGUUUCCACGGGGCAGCUCAACUUUCCAAUGAGUCCUUCGAGGAGCUAGAUGACAUCCAUCACAUCGGUCAUGUUGACGCUGCCUUCCGCAUGCACAACGUAGAGAACGUAGACGACCACGACCACAUCUAUUUCUUCCUGGAUGACCAUGUGUUCAGCUACUAUAACCACUCUCUGGAGACCGGGUAUCCCAAAGACAUGACGGAUGAUUUCCCAGGAAUCCCCUCUCACCUGGAUGCUGCUGUGGAGUGUCCCAAAGGAGAGUGCACGGCCGACUCGGUUCUGUUCUUCAAGGGAAAUGAUGUGCACGUUUUUGAUAUUACCACAAAGUCGGUGAAGAACAAGACGUGGUCCCACCUGCCCACCUGCACCUCUGCCCUACGCUGGCUGGAGCACUACUACUGUUUCCAUGGAAACAACUUCACCAGGUUCCAUCCGGUGACCGGAGAGGUGUCCGGCACCUACCCCAAGGACGCCCGGGAUUACUUCAUGAAGUGCUCCGACCAUGGUCAUGGAGGUGAACGUAAGGCCAUGAAAUGCAGCGACGUCAAAUUGGAUGCCAUCUCCUCUGAUGAUGCCGGCAAAACAUACUUCUUUGCAGGCUCCGUCUACAUGCGUCUGGACACCCAUCGUGACGGCCUUCACGCAUUCAAAAUCAACAGGACGUGGCCAGCGGUGAACGACGGGGUGGACGCUGUCUUUUCCUACUCUGACAAAAUCUACAUGAUUAAGGAUGAUAACGUUUACAUCUAUAAAUCAACUGCUCACUACAUCCUGAUUGAAGGCUACCCUAAAACCAUGAAGGAGGAACUCGGCAUUGAAGGACAUGUGGACGCUGCUUUCGUCUGUCCUGAUAGCGACAUAGUUCAUGUAAUCCAAGGAAACAAGCUUUAUGAUGUCGACCUUACUGCCACACCCAGGAACGUGACCCAAGAGCUUCCCUUGCCCCUGCACGACAUCGAUGCUGCGAUGUGCAACGCGAAUGGAAUUAAUGUGUACAAGGGUCCGAAUUAUUACCACUAUGACAGCCCCAUGUUACUGACUGUCAGCAGAAUCGCCCCUGUGCCUAACAUUGUUACCAACGAAAUGAUGGGGUGCGAGGAUUAGGAGUCAGGGGUGACAGAGUGUUUCACAGGCAUCUGCUUAUUAAUGAGUGACGUCCAUCUAUACAAGCAGACUGGCAGUAUGGAAUUAAGGUCACUUGUUAAACGGAGAGUAAAUAACUACAUGUUAUUGUAUCUCAUGUACAUGUUUGGAAAAAUCUUCCUCCCAUGCCUUGUGGAGUUUGAGCUGUCCGAUGAAUAAAAUGUGGAACACUA